UGAGCAAACCUUGGCAAGAACUUCGAUAUCACCGAGCGGGAAAUGACGAAUACAUGACGCGCCGUAUUUUUUCUACAUAAAAAGGCAUAGAAACUUGUUACACAAAAAUUGAAGUAAGCAUCGCCGAAUUUGUGCGGAGGACUUUUGGUAAAAAUAUUUUCGUAUCUGUAGUUCGUGUAAAGAAAAGUUUGAAGGCACGCAUCCGUGAAGAUUUUAACACCCCUCCGUGGGCAAUUUAGAAAGGUCCGAUUGCCUUAUCUCCGACCCCAUCAGGAAUCUUCGGUAAACUGUCUUCAACAGCGUACAUUUUGAAGAGAAAAUAGCUGAGUCCUUUUUCCAAAAUUACACCUGGAAAUACUCGGCAAAUAUGUCAAGGGACGUUAGGAUACGUGUUUUUAUCCUCCUAAUGACGGCGACAUUUGUUCAGCCGCAAUACGAACAAACGGCUGAUAAUUUGGUAGAACUUUAUCCAUAUGGAUCAGGACAGAGAGAUACGACGUUAGACUCAGGUGAUGAUCUGCAAUCUCCAGCAUCCAAGUUAGAUUAUGGGUUAGUGUUUUAUGGACAGAGGCACUGGAGCAUUUAUGUGAAUACAAAUGGUUUAAUUUCUUUCAAUAAUGGAUUACCAGACCAUAGUGAAACUCCAGAUGCGUUUCCACUUGGUAAUCUUGAGACCUAUCCUGGUGACACAUAUUACAAUAUGAUAGCACCUUUCUGGGGUAAUGUAGACACGUCGAGGCGUGGUAACAUAUACUAUCGUCAGACUACAGAACGACUCAUAUUAAACCAAGCAACAGAGGACGUCAGACGUUAUUUCACCGAAGAACAGGACUUCACUGCACUGUGGUGUUUUGUGGCCACCUGGGAGGAAGUUAGUUUCUUUGGACGCACGGACGAAGACAACCCACAAGAUCACCGGAAUACAUGGCAGGUUGUCUUGGCAACUGAUAACCGGGCAACAUUUUACAUUGCAAGUUAUCGUCGUGUCGAGUGGACGACCGGUGUGGAGAGUGGUGGCUCUGCGUAUACAGGAACUGGCGGUACAACAGCCCAGGUUGGUUUCAACGCUGGAGAUGGCCUCAGUUAUUUUACGUAUGGUGGUUCCCGUACAGCAGAUAUUAUCAAUUUACCGUGGAGCAGCAAUGUUGAAGAACCUGGUAGAUACGCCUACCGUAUAGAUGCUUACAAAGUUGACAGUGGCGGCUGUGGUGGCACUGGUCGCCUGCACUUCUUUCCACAUUGGGGAAAUCUUCUUGGAGGCGAUAGGCUCCUUGUUGGCGGGUCCUGCUGGGAUACAAACAAACCCUAUUUUCUAAGAAUCGGCAUCCAGGAAUUCAACUGUACCUAUGAAAGUGUGUUCCGAUUGGAGUGCAUCACACCUCCCUUCUACGAAAUUGGUGAUAUUAGGGUAGACCUGUCACAAGACGGUGGUGUCACAUACCCGUACAAUGGACGCUGGAUCAUAGAGCCCCCAAUACAGGGUAAACUUGACCAUAAAGUUACGCGUAUUGAUUCCCACCUCAAUAAAUGGAACGUUGCGGGACAUGACCUGGAGAUUACUUGGGACAAAAACGAGUUUGAAACUUCGUAUGUAACAAUAGAAGCGAUGUCGUACCGGGAGGAUCUCAAUUUCCCUACAUGGGAGCUUUUAGCUGAACUUCUUUAUCAGGAGGUGAACGACGGUAGAGCAACGUUUAUGGGGCGGCCUGUGGAAGGAGCCACUCACACCAUGGCAGUGGGAGCAAUUAGAAUUCGUCCAUUUGAGGGCAGCCCAAGACGAGCAAUAUGGACUGAUGUCCACAUGCUGGGUUAUUUACUAGAAGAGGAAUACCAAUUGGAUACUCAUGUGUGGGCUGGUGAUGAGUGCCACACGUUCUAUGUUGCCCAAGAAGGCGCUGUUAACUUCAGAAAAGAUUUAUACUACUGCCCUUGCAACUUAACCAUGGCUAUUGCAGAUUUUGGAAGAUUUGAACCAGAUCCGGAUUGUACCAUGGAAUUUUAUAACAGUCCUUGCACAUAUCACCCUGGCGCAAAACACUGCGUGUUUACUGUCUAUAACAAUCACCGAGGUUCCGGUUCUACUUGUUGUUACGACUGGGAGGAACAUCUCAUCUAUGUUGGCGAUGACCCAGUCGGAGGUUACUCGUCGGAGGCCCACAUAUGGGGCCAGAGACCUUACAACCAAGCAGGAAGGGUCCCUGCUCUGUCCUGGUACAAGGCGGAUUUCCUGUAUUUCUACGAGUGUUGCAUCUGGUCAGAAAACUGUGGAUAUUACCAGCAAUCUAGACCUACUGCUGAUUGUUGGGAGUACACUCCAGCUAGGCCAGCUUCUGUUUAUGGCGAUCCUCAUUUUGUAACCUUCGAUGGUACGGAGUAUACGUUCAAUGCUAAAGGAGAGUAUACGCUUCUCAAGUGGAACAUCGACCCGGAAUUUGAAAUUCAAGGGCGUUUCACACAAGUUCGUGAUGUAGAUGGUAUGCCUAUGCAAGCCACAGAAUUGACCGCCCUGGUGGUAAAAGAGGGGAAAUCCGACACCGUCCAGAUAGAGGUCAGUCAACGGAGAAAUUUAGAAGUUGGCGUUAACUCUCGGCUGAUUGAUUUUGACGAUGAUAUAACUCGAGUAGAUUUUGAAGAUGUAUCUGUGUAUACUCCUGAUCGUAUUGACCCAACUACGCCAUUGAACCCUAUCAAUCCCAAUAUUACCGAGGUGUACGUCCGAUUCGAAUCUGGUGUGGGUAUCAAAUGCCAGUCGCAUAAUGCUCAAGUGAUGGCGUGCAUAGUUUCUCUGCCACCUACUUUCAAGGAUGCCGCUUUUCCAGAUCUGGUAGGUUUGUUGGGUAACUAUGAUUAUGAUCGGUCAAAUGAUCUCACGGCUAAAGAUGGCUCCGUCACCAGCCCGAAUGCAGAUGAUCAAACUAUAUUUGACGAUUUCGGUCAAUCAUGGGAGGUCAAUCCGUCUAUGUUUCAUUACCAUACUGGUCGUUCACACAGUACAUACCAGGACGACGAUUUUGUUCCUGACUUCGAGCCACCCGAUGAGAGCACACUGGCACCAGAUGUUCGUGAGAAUAUGGACAUUGUCUGCGACGGUAACAAGUACUGUGAGUAUGACGUAAAGACUACCGGAAGUUUGACGUAUGGUACUGCCACCAAAUCUGCGUACGACAUACACUGGAGCUUUGCUAAUGACACGUUCAAAGAAACCGUAUGUGAGUAUAUGCGAACUCCUAUCAACGGAACGAAAGAAUUCAUCUGGCCGUACGUUUCACACAACAUGGUUGAUUCCAAAGCUCAUUUCACUUGUGACUACCCGUAUACACUGAUCGGAAAUUACGUCAGACUGUGCGAGGAAAAGGAUGAAGAUAUGGGUCUCAUUGGUCGAUGGACUGGUAUUGAACAACACAACGACUGCAUAGACUUUGGAUGCCCUCCUCUGAAUACCUUGUAUCACGGUGGUUACGAGUGGGACUACGCAAGUACUGUAUACCCAAUAUGCGAUCCACCAUAUAUAUUAUAUGGCCCUGACUUCAGGACUUGUCAGAAUGGCGUAUGGACUGGACAUAGGAAUGAAUGUUAUGUCAACCUUCCAACUGUAGGGGAAAUCAUCCUGGCCGUCGCAGUGGUAGUUAUUUUCGUAGUCAUCGUGCUUAUUGUGGUCUACGUGUUACAUCGUCGUUCAAAGAAAAAUGAGCAGGGUGGAUACAGCGACGAGAAGGGGUACCCCGAAGAAAUACCGACCACGGAUUACAAGGAACCACUGGAUGACGAUAACACCCAAUACGUGGACGAAACUGAUGAUCUUGAAUCGUCAACACACAAGGAAACAACAGCUUAAUUGUAAAUUUACAAUGGCGUAGUUAAUCUCUACUGAUGGGCAGUCGUCAUAGUUACGAGACUAUGUUCUUUGUUGUCUCUUAGGGGUGUAGAUUUGUUCUUGUCUCGAGAAUAUUAAUAGAUUUUUAUUUUACCCUACACUUAUGUUGAAUAGCAGCUUGAGGUGGUUCGUUAUAAUUCUUCUUGACCAAAUCACCGUCACGGAAUUUUGUAUUUUGAAAAAACAUAGAUCUGUUUUCUCAUAAUAUUUGAAGUAUUGAAAUGAUAAUAAUAUUGACAGCUUACCGCCAACAUGUUUGAUAGUAGGCGUUAUGUAUGAAUCGUAGGAAUAUUCAAGUUCAAAUUUUAGUAUUUUUUGAAAACAAAUUGUUUGAAAAGUCACUACUCCAGCUGCCAUUGUUGAAUGUUGGGGGUUUUAGGCCAUGAUGAAUGAGUUCUUUGUUUGCCCAUUUUAAGGAUGUGAUAAAUAAAUAAGUCAACUUAAAUGGUAUAUUAAAAUAUAAUAAAUAGAUUAUGAGUUGAAUAAUUGUUUUAAUGAAGUUUACUAGAUGAUGUUUCGCGGGGCGAGAUUUGAAUUUAAAUUCUAAACAUAUAGUGUCGUAUUUACCAAAAGUUAUUUUAAUCGUGCGACAUAGUACAUGUAAACAAAGAAUUAACUUGCAUUUUCCAAUUAUCGUAGCAAACAUCGUACUUCACGUGUCUGGCUUUUGAAUGAUUUUUAUACUUCUGUUGUCUUUCCUUCUUAUGUAGACAUUUUUUUCAGUGUUGUUAUCAAGUUAUAGAUAACCAUAAUCAGUGCUUCUUGUCGAUUCUAAUGCGAUCUGUAUUCAAAUCGUUUCCCAUAAUUCAUGGCUAUCGCGCGAUAUGUGAUACGGUCAUGCGAUAUAUGAUGAGCUUAUGCAUAAUAACAAUUUCGUGGUUGUUUGACCUUUUUUAAAAAUUUAUUGUGUUUCUUACGUUAUAUAUACAUACGUUCCUUACAUCUAGAAAUCAUGUCCAUAAAAAAUAUUAAAAAAAUAUGUAUACUGACUUCACGAAAAAUGGCUUGUAAAUGUGGGUCAAUUUAAUCACGUGAGAUUAAAAUUAGUGCAUAAAUUCUCGCGAGAUGUAUUGUUUCUUUUAGUUACGCCAUAUUUUACUUAGUAGACCUGAUUUUUUAACACAGCAAACACGUUUUGAAGCUUUCGACUGGAAUGUAGAUAAAUAGAAUGUUUUUUUUAACAAAAAUGUAUAAUCGUAUCAAAUUUGUUUAUGAUACUGUAUUUUGAACGUUGUUUGUUGAUGACGAUUGUUUUUUCUUAAUUUGAAACCUUUGAGAUAAUAAGUGAAGAUUAUUUGUUUAA